CGUCCGAUCCGCAACCGAUCUCACUUUCUCCGGCCGGAAAGUUUUUGUUUUUUUUUUUUUUUCACAACUCCGUCGAGCGCGCUUUGAAUACGGCCGUGUAGUGUCAUAGUGGUAAACAGACUCUUCGGUGGUAAAGUGCUUCGUGAUCGUAUUAUUAUUUUCCAUUUAUAUCGUUAUAAUAUCAUAUAAUAUUGUAAUACGCGAAUAGUCGCGCGUGUAUACUGUCCUCAGUCGUUUGAGCCUGCCCAAGCGCCAACAGGAUUUAUUGCAACACGUUUGCACCAGCUCCAAAAACAAAUAUACAACUGCGGUCGUGCAAAUAAACGUUAUGGGAGCGUACGUAACAUGGACGUUGGAGGUAUUGGCGUUUGCGACUUUCGUCGUACUCGCAGUUUUGAUGCCGUACGCUCGUCGGAAGCGCGAUUAUUGGACCAAUCGCGGGGUGCCGGUAGCAGCCGGUUAUCGGUCUUUGACAAACAUGCUUCCGGGCUUCCGUUUGCACGACAGGUCGUUGUCCCGACACCGAGACGACGCCAAGGCCGCGGGUGCCACCGCGCUCGGGCUCUUCGAUGGCGGCCGGCCGACCGCAUUAGCGUGUGAUCUCCGUGUGGCCGCGGCCGCACUCGGUAACGACGGAUUUACCGAGGCUGAAACCACAGGUGGCCGCGAGACGAGUCUCGUACCGUCCGCGGUGGACGCCUGCGCGGCGAUCGCCGUGCUGCCAACCAUGACCGUGUGCGUGGCCGAGCUCGUCACGUCGUUGGAAGCCGUGGCAAACCGUCGGCUAACCAUUUCGCCGUGGACAGAGGUGAAAAAUUGUGCGACCACGGUGGUGGCCACGUGCGUGUACGGCCAACCGAUGGUCGACUCGCGGAUCAAAACGUUUGCGGAACAGUGCGACAAGGCGUUGUCGGACGGUGGCCGCGGUCGGCCGACAAUUACCGACUAUUUUGCAUCGUACGAUUUGUCGUCCGACGGACGAGCAUCGUCUACCGAUUUCAAGCAGAUUUUCAGAGCAGCCGCAAGAUGCAGCGACCAAAUCGACGCAGAUGUUGCCGACAAACAAGUGAGAUUAGACAUGUUCAAGUUCGUGACAGGCACUAUAGAACAGACUGCAGCACUAGUAACGGGUGUACUGUACGAGUUAGCCAACAACCAAAGUAUCCAAAAUCAUCUCAGAGAACACUUGGAUAGCGAACUAGACGAACAUCAGCAACAGGUCACAAUUGACCAGUUGGAUCGUUUACCGUACUUGGAAAACGUGUUGAAAGAAACGUUGCGAAAGUAUCCACUGGUUACCGUUGUAUGUCGUAUGACCACCAAAUCGUAUGUUGUGCCCGGCACAAGUGGCAAUGGCACCAUCGAACCAAACACGCUGAUCGUGGUACCAGUGCAUGCAUUGCACCAUGAUGCAGAACACUUUUCCGAGCCAGAAAAUUUCCAGCCACACCGGUUUCCCGGACAAAUGUCUUCCGCGUACAUGCCAUACGGGAGUGGAUCGCAAUCCUACAUUGGUAAACAUUUCGUAGAACUCGAAGCAAAGCUCAUCGUUGCCAUGCUAGUUUCCCGGUAUGAAGUGCACUUAGACAAGGACAAUCCCUGCACAUCACCAGAUUCGUUGGAUCCGAGAUCGUUCGCGGGUGUACGCGUGACAGUUGUCAACAGAAGUGGUGUCCGGGAGGCGAGGAUGUACACUUCUCUGCGACAGUUACAUAAUGACGUUGUCAAGAACGCUAGUGACCGAAAAUUCUUGUUCUUCUAAACGCAUUGUUGCUGGGACGAGAUAAGCGGUUCGAUAAAAUAUCGACUGGUAAAAGUCAGAAAAGGGUGUAAUUUUUAUGUCCUGUUAGAAAAUGUCAUUGGUCUCAAAAUUAGUGAUUAAAAUACAUAAAAUUUCUAAAUUUUUACUAAAAAAAGAACAUAAACACUAGCACAAUAAAAUUCCUGAACUAUUGCUUUUUCCAUAGUUAAUACAACUCAUGUCGCUUAUUCCUUUUUACCUUUAAUCAGUCGAAUUAUUAUUAUCAUGUGCGCAACGCAACGUGGACUGCUAUUAUAGCUUUAAUUUAAAAAUUAUUACAUUACCAACCAUGGACUUUUAUUUUAUUUUGUAUACUUUCGUGUAAAU